AUGCAGCAUUUUUUGGAUCAGUUCGCAGCCUCUCAUCGACGAUGGUCCCGCCUAUUCUUCUUCUCGAUUCACGCUGCAAUUUUCUAUAAGGUGGCUAACUACCACAGAUCUGAACGAAACAAUUUUUUGGAAAUCGGUAGCUACCCGGUUCCUAAUCAAGAACAGGCUAGUGGAGACGAUGAUGGUCUUCUUGACUAUAACUUUGGGAACUUAUCUAUCAAGGAUAAAAAAGAACAGAUUGAGAUCACGCGGAACAGCCUCGAGUUGCUUUCUAGCAUGUUGAGUACUGAAGGAAAGCCAAAUCACACGGAGGACGAGCUUACGGUAAGCUUGAUGGAUAAAUGCAAGCAAUUACAGUCGUUGAUUCAGAUGAUCAUAGAGAGCACAACAGAUGAUGAAGGUGUUCUUUUUGAGGCUCUGCACGUGAACGAUGAGCUCACACGCGUUUUAUCUAUUUACGAGUUGGCUGAUGAAAGUGAUGAGAAAGCGUCCAUGGUGGAACAAGAAUCAUCGGGAAGCAAAGAUGCUCACCCGAAACCAACAGAAGAAGAAGAAAAACGGUUUGUGAUGAAACAGAACCAUGUCGAAAAUUCAGAAUCAUCAGACAAAACAGCCAAAGAAGAUAAGAAGGUGAAGAUAGAACUCGGUUUAUCGAGUGAUGAAGAUGAAAAAUGA